AUGGGACAUGCGCUGAAAUGUAGCGCCAUGAAUGCCAUGAAUGCUCGACUGGCCGGGCAUCGGAAGGUGUGGCAGGUUUUGCUGGCGGUUCUCUCGCUGUACUUGAGCUUUGCCCCUGCAAAUGUGGUUGGCAUCAAAGCACCACUGUUUCGUUUGAGCCGUUGCAAAGAACAGCUGCCUCAAACAGUGGAUGUGUCCUCAGUGCGACGGAAAUUCAUUCGCCUCCACCAGGAAGACUUCCAAGAUGAGGCCCCCAAGGUCACUGAGGAGCGAGCUUCGCGAAGGCAAAAAUUUGAGACCGUAGAGGAGUUCUGUUUCCUGUUCGCAGAAAAUGACAAGGAUCUGGAGAAGUCAGGUGACAGGACGCUUUGGGCAAUGCACGAGCAGGCGUUGGUGGAAGCAAUGGAGGAUGGAAGCAUUUUUUGGCAACCUCGUAUCACUGGAGAUCUUUCCUGGAAACGCCUGAGGGAAAAAGAGCCAGAAACACUUGAGCGUUGGGAAACCUCAGAUUGA